GUUGGCAGUGGGUCCAAGGACAAUACAGUUGUGGCCGUCCGGUAAUCUCGAAUCGGAUUGUGGGUGGAAGGAAUUCCGAAGCUGGGAGUUGGCCCUGGCAGGUCAGCAUACACAUGGACGGCAGACACAUUUGCGGUGGGAGCAUCAUCUCCAAAAGCUGGGUCUUGACUGCCGCCCAUUGUGUCUCAAAGGAAAUGAUCUCCAAAUAUUUCCUCUACUUAGGGAGAUAUCAGCAGAAUGGAGUUAAUCGGAAUGAAAUUUCCUUUAGGGUCCUCAGAGUUAUCCAGCAUGAGAAAUAUGUUGAUGAGAAGACUGGGUACGAUAUCGCUUUGCUCCAGCUGUUAGGUUCAAUCCAUUACACAGACUAUAUCCUGCCCGUCUGUCUACCCAGCUCCACAUACCAGGUCCCCUGUGGAACCAACUGUUGGAUCACUGGGUGGGGAGACACACAGGAAGGUGUUAGCCUCGUGUCACCGGGCACACUCCAGGAGGUGGAGGUGAACAUCAUUGGCCGGCAGACCUGCUCCAGAAUGCUCCAGAAGGGGGUGACAGAGAGCUCGGACGUGACGAAAAUCACGGACAAGAUGCUGUGUGCAGGGGUAGCGGAAGGCAAGAAAGAUGCCUGUCAGGGGGAUUCGGGUGGUCCGCUCGUUCACUUCGACGAGGAUGCCUGGGUGCAGGUGGGCAUCGUGAGCUUCGGCGAUGGGUGCGGACGGAAGAACCGCCCCGGCAUCUACACCGACCUGGCCGCUUUCCACGGCUGGAUCUCUCGGCACGUCGGGCAGCUGGAGCUGGUCGCUCCCAAGGUCAGGACGCUGUCCUUGCCGGGUGGGUGCAGUGGUGCCGCUGCGGGCAUCGGGCCUACGCUCGGGCACAUCCUGGGCAGCCUGGUCUCCCUCGCCCUCUGCCUCAUCCUCCUGGUGGAUUGAUUGCCGUGGAG